GAAAGAGAGGUGCAGUAGAUCCGUUGACCUUUUUGAGCAAAUUGCUACCGGGGCAGGGACAAACUUCAAUGUUCGGAUCGCCCAAGCGGUUGUCCCGCAUCACACUGUGGCUCCGCUUUAGCCGCCGUGUACUUGCAGGCGAAGUUCUGGAUCUCCCCCGCAGACCCGCAUAUCCCUCCGUCUGCUCUUCUUUCCUCUGCCCUCAUCGUCCGACUACGUCUGCUCACUGUCGAGCACGACGUUCUCCCUCAAACUGGCACAAUAUCUCUUCCAAACGGCGACUUUGUUGGCGCUCGCGUUGGCAUAGUCGAGUGGCGACCUGACCAUGGAAGUCCCGUCUUUGGGGUAUACACUGAUGGUCGCAGGGAGGCGUACGGGCAAGACGUCUUUCUUGAGGCUUCUCCUCGACACUAGUGUCGUUUCCCCCACCGCAACGGGGGAGCAGCUUGCUUCGGUUGCCAAGUUCGUACAAGGUUGUGGGGGACACACCACUCAUAUCAGGAGCACCUCGGUCAAUAUCGAACUAGCACGUCCAGACCGCGACGAGUCGAGUCCAUUGUUCCUUACGCUAAUCGACACUCCUGCAUUAGACUUCGAGGACGAAAUAGCGUCGUCGACCAUUGUAUCCGACAUAUUGCGGCAUGUCGACGCGAGGUUCUCGGAAAGCGUCGAGGAUGAACGCAAGGCGAACACGGGGGACCAUCAUGUACACCUGUGUAUCUACUUUCUGGACCCAGACGAAAUUGUUCCACCGUCGGUAUCAUCUCCCGCGGUACCGCUAGCUGUCCCCCGGGCCCGAACGAAUAGUCUGUCCAAACCAGAUGUCGACUCCGUAAUUCUGGAGCCUCCAGUACCUACCAACCCGACCAUCUGUCGUCCUACGCUUCCCCUCAUUGACAUAACGACGAUCCGAAAACUCUCUGCUCGUGUCAACGUGCUUCCUGUUGUCGCUCGCGCUGAUACGUUAACUAAUGAUAGACUGGCCAUCAUCAAGUCCGUCAUCAAGUAUGACCUGGCGAAGGCAGGCAUUGGCUUUGGUAUCUUUGAUUCGCCUGAUGCGCAACUGGCCCCCGAGCUUCCAUUAGACGCUGCUGGAUCGUCCCUUCCGUUAUUGCCCUUCGCUUUGAUUUCCCCUGAUAUUUAUUCGCAUAGCGACGGCGUCACCAAACCGGCACAAUCUCGACAUGAUCUUUACCUUCAGUACACUCCUUCAAGUAACGUCACUCGUUCGCCACCACACCCGGCCUCAAAAUUGGUCCUGCGGAAGUAUAUACGGAGCUAUAGAUGGGGAUGCUUGGACGUGAUGGAUAAAACCCAUUGCGAUUUUGUCCCACUGCGUGAAGCUAUAUUUUUCCACAUGGAGACCCUGCAAAAAUACACAAGAGAGUACCUCUUUGAGCGAUUCAGAGCUGAUUAUCUUGUCCAAAAUCAACCUCCGCCUCGGGGGCACCUUCCCUCCGCCAACGGUGCUCGACUAUCUGCCCUUCAACAUGGCUCAAAACCUAUUCUCGCUAUCGACACCAAUUCAUCAACUCAUCUGGUCAACACCCGACAUGCUUCACUGGCAGUCCCUCAUCCUGUGCUAAACGCAGACUCUGUUUCUGUCUCUGCAUCGAUAUCCGCGCAGCCAGUGCCUGAGUUAUCUCCCAAUACAGCCAAUUCCUCAAGAUCUGGACGACAGCGCACUAAGAAGAUCACGGUUGCGUGCAAUUUUUGCCGUUCUCGGAAGUUGAAGUGUGAUGGCGGACGACCAGCCUGCGGACAAUGCGAGAAGCGCAGCAACAAUUGUGAUUAUACUGUCAACCGCAAGAGCCGAGUCACUAACCGCAGGCGAAAGAGUGACGAUGCAAGCGAGAGUGACCGGGAAGGGGAAGGCGAUAGUGGCGAGCCAUCUGUCGAGCUUGAACCUUCCCUCUCGCCCGAGGUCUCGUCCAAAUCGUCACGUAGGAAUUCAAAUGUCGAGUUGGGUAUGAUGGACAUCAAGUUGCCGCCUUUGGCUAAUUCAAUAGACCGUCGAGAUGAGCCUUCACUCACGUUACCUCCAAUCACCACCUCUGCUCCACCUUCUUCGGCCUCAAUAGGUGCACCACGAUCGUUGAUGACCUCAGCGCCUCAGACAGGCGUAACGGAGCUAAAGCGUGAAUACGUCAAAACUGAACUCCCGCCGAUCGCUACUCUUUCUGUACCAGAGGAUAUGCAGAGUAACCACACCUUCCCUCCGCUACGUGCUCAUGCGGAACCGCAGACGACCGGUCGUCGGCGAACAUCUUCUGCGUCCACGAAGAGCGGGAGAGGCAUGAACGGGUAUGGGUCGAAGAUCGUGGCUUGUAACUUCUGUCGAGGUCGGAAGACAAAAUGUGAUGGCACACACCCAACAUGCGGCAGCUGCAAACGUAGAAACCAAAUCUGUAGCUACGUUAACGACCCUACUUCUGCAAAUCCAAAAGGCAGACCCAAAACUGCACCAGGACAAGGACCAUCCGAAUUUACUUCUAGUCGUACCUCGCCAACCUCCUCUUCCAUGCCACCGUUAUCCUCCGUUCCCAACGGGUAUAUACCUGUCGAGAAUAAUGGUGGGUCGAACGACCUGAAGCGGAACAUUGAUCUGGACGUGUCCAUGCCCUCAACCAAGAAAAUGCGUAUGACGGAGGGAGUGGUCCCUACCGUUGCAGUAACUGUAGCUCGAAUUCAAUGAAGACUGCGUGUAGCUUCGUUUCUGAUUGUGCCUUUUGCCUACAAUUUCUUGCAUACAACUUUCCCAUCUUUCUACCCCACCUAUCUAUCGGCAUAACUGACUUCACGAUUCAUUUUUACAUUUUUAUUUCUUUGUUUCAUUCAACCAACACAACCCGUAUAUCAUCACAACAAUCAUUCUAGAGCGGUUCUCGUUUCUAUCUGCGGUCCUUUCCCUGCUGCUUAGUAUUUACGUUCUCUGGCCUGGUAACUUGUGUGUUCCGAGUACGUCUUUCUUUGUUGUUUUCCCAUUUUUCUGUUGUUCGUCUUAUCUUUUCAGGGUUCUGAGGGGUUGUCUUUUUAUUUCUUGUUGUCUACUAGCCCCUGCCGUGCUGCUCGCUUGGAAAUUCAGGUGUACAAUAGUGUCUGUGACUGUGCCAUCGCUAGCAACUACAUACAUAAACAAGAACGGACUAGAUGAGCAUGGUGUGUGUG